AUGGCAUCAAUUGUCCGACCUACACUCCUCCGGCAAUCAUGCCUAAAAGUCGCCACCAAGAAAGCCUUCUCGACGAAGCCAUCUCCUACUUUCCCCGCCAUCAACAAGCCAUUAUCCUCUGUUGUUUCGAAAGAUGCUGUACGCAGUAGAUUUAUGAAGGAAGCUGUUCCAAGUUCAAUGCGAGUGGCAGCCUUCCAUGCUACCGGCAGACGACCAAUUCUUCCACCAUUACCUCAAUCCGUCAAUGGAACCGCGAACGAACCAGCUCCGGUACCAGAUCCAAGUCCAACUCACGGCUCCUACCACUGGACUUUCGAAAGACUAGUAUCUGCCGGACUUGUCCCUCUCACAAUUGCGCCCUUCGCUGCUGGAUCAUUAAACCCAAUGACCGAUGCGGUUCUCUGCGGUGCUAUUCUUAUACACUCACAUAUCGGAUUCGAAGCUGUUCUCAUCGAUUAUAUCCCAGACAAGCGAUUGCCAAAGACAAGAAAGGCGUUUAUGUGGGCUCUGAAGCUGGCUACAGUUGUCGUCGGAGUUGGACUGUACGAAUUCGAAACUAACGACGUUGGACUUACGGAGGCUAUCAAGAGAGUUUGGAAGGCAUAA